AUGAUUCUCCCAAUUUGGCAGAGGUUCCUCUUGGUUCUCAUCUACUAUCAGACUACUAGGCAUCAACCUUGGAAAGACUGCAACCCAGCAGCAACAAACCGAAGAAGCACUUCGUCCAGUUUCUGCAACCACCCACAUCCUAUUACUGGUGAAACCACAUCACAAUUCUGGGGUGAUCACUGGCUCUCUGCAAGUCACGAAUGCCAGUGGGCUGGUAUAACGUGUGAAGAAAAGAAGCAGACACAUGAAAUUCUGCUUGUAUGGAAUCAGCUCAAUGGCUGCUGA